AGCUAGUUGACAGCAUUAAUGAAUUUGAAUUCUUUAAUUUUUUUCAAAAUAAUUGAAAAUCCUAGUUCUGUUAUUGGCUUUUUCGAAGAAUUCAAUUUGAAGAACAAGUUGAAGGGAACAAUUUUUUGUUAUCUUUAAGAUUUUGGCUCCAGGGGUUUUAAUGGUGAUUUGCAUGAUUUUCAAUACUCUCUAUUUAGUUGACCAAUAAAACAAAAUAUAUGGAGGAAUGACAAAAUUGUCCUAUUUAGUGAAGAAAUAUUGGAUAUUUAAUUAUCUUUUCUUGACUUGAGAAUGUCCUCCAUUCUUAAAUUUUCUAAGCAACCAAACGAAGGUGGUUGCUUGCAACUAGUUUUUGUCAUGAAAAUACAGAAACUUUUUUUAAUUUUUUACUUUAUUGUUUCAUUUAUCACUCCUUCGAAGAAAAAGCUUUGAACAAACUUUGCUGUUUAUAUUAAUACUAUGGAUCAAUAGAGAAAUUAAUACAAGCGCUAUGGAGACGAGGAAAUGUACUUUUUCACACCAAAGAACAGAAAGUACAGGAAUGGAAGUAGACCUAAUCGAGCCGCUGACGGUGGAUACUGGAAAGCCACUGGAAAAGAUAAGACAGUCAAAUACAGGGGCACUCCAGUUGGAAAGAGGAAGACACUGGAGUUCUAUACUGGAAAGGCUCUACAGGGUGAAAAAACCGACUGGAAAAUGCAUGAGUUUACAGUGAAUGAUCCAGCUCCUAUUCAUCAAGUCAGAAAUACUAGAGAUUACAUGAGGCUGGAUGACUGGGUUUUAUGCCAGAUUUACAAGAAAUCAAAGAAGCCUAAAGAUGUCAGAAAUCGACAAAGAGACGAGGAAAAUUCAACACUAACUGCUAUGGAUAAUGUUGAUUACGUAAAUAACCAUGAUGAAGAUAGGACUGAUCUGCCUGUUAUGGAUGCUGGCUAUGUUGGGGAGAUGGAUAAUGUUGGUGCUGAUGCUGUUUUCACCCAUGACUAUAGCCAACAACAGAUUGCUUCAAGUGAAUUCCCUGCUGAUUUUAACCUCCAUGCUGCUUCAUAUAGCGGCAUGUUUCCCAGUUUGGCCGAGACAUGUGGAGAUCCUGCCUCAGUAUUUUCCAAUUCUGACAACCUGUCAACCCUGGAUGAUCUUUUGAAUCCUGCAAACUUUCAUUGGAACAUUGAUGAUCCAUUUUUUGACCUCCAUACUAGCGUGCCAAAUAAUAUUCCAGGAAAUCCUGUUCCUGCUCCCGGCAACAUCGCAAAUCCUGCUUCUCCUUGCAACCUUCCCGCAGCUAAUCAUGUUCCUUCUUCGCGCUAUCUUCCUUCGGCAUAUCUUGCUCCUCCUGGCCACCAAAUCCUGCAACCAGUCAGUCAACUUCAGCAGCAGAUGUUGUGCCAAAAAACAGCCUGCUCUAACGAAUAGGCUGGAAUUGAGAGUUUGAUUCGAAUAGAGUUCUAGAAUGGUUGCCAUCCGCCUUUUGAUAUAGCGAACGCUUGUAUCAUUAAUUACUUAAAAAGAACUUAAAAAGGUUUGUU